AUGAGCUUUGUUAAGACAGGAAUUCUAGAGUCAUCACCGGAAGAAUUAUGGAAAUUAUAUUCAACUUCUAGGGUUAUGCUGCCUCACCGUGACCGAUUAUUAAAUUUCACUUGGAGGUUGAUGUAUCUCAAUGGAAGGAAUAAUCGAAUUAGAAUUGACCAUCAAGAUAUAAUGGAGCAUUCACAGUUGCAAGAUCUAUUGAAGAAUAGUAAUAUUUUACAAAACUCUAUGGUGUCUAGUUCUAACUCUGAUACUUUUAAUGAUGUCAGCAGUGUCACUGAAAAUAGUUUUCUAACAAAUUCAAACUUUAAUGCGCUGGCUACUACAUAUGACGACGACGACGACCUAUUCCCUUAUACUUCGGAGUAUAACAAUGGGUAUGAACCUGAUACAAGAUUAGAUAAUUACCUGUACAAUUCGAAGAAUUUCGAUGAUAAUUGGAAUUACAAUAGGGAUUAUAUGGAUACAAUCAGGGUUCAGGCACCAACUCCAGUAAUGACAAAUGAUACUUCAAGCUUACAGACAGAUAGCAUAUCUAAUACAGAAUUUCCUUUGGGAAUAAAUGAAUAUAAUCAAUUACUCAAAAUGGAUUCAAAUAAUCUGGCUAAUGAAAACAUGAACCUUAAAUAUUUAACUAACCAAAAAAAUGCAUUUACAUCAAAUAAUUAUAUGUCAUCGAUAUCUAAUAUAAAUUCAAACGAAAGUAGUACUAGUAGCAAUAGUCAUAAUAAUAGUCAUAAUAAUAGUCAUAAUAAUCAUAUUAAUAAUAGUCAUAAUAAUCAUAAUAAUAAUCAUUAUAAUAAUCAUAAUAAUAAUCAUAAUCAUAAUAGUAGUCAUAAUAAUAGUAAUAUAAUUAAUAGUAAUAACAAUAAUUACAGUAAUAAGAACAAGAGUAUCGACAAGAACAAGAGUAGCGUUGACAAUAAAGUAACGAGUAUAACUGAUAAAAUUACAGAGGUUAAUUUAAAUUUCCAAAAUCGUGAAUAUGAACAGUUUCACAACAGUAGGAUUGAAGAUAAGAAAUUAGUUAAUAGUAUAUCACCAAUCCAAAAAUAUGUUUCAAAUAUUAAACCAAUUAAUGGAAAAAAGAGAAAUAAAACAUUUAAAGUCAGAUCAACGACUAUGUAUAUUCCAAUCAAGAAUGCAGACACUGCAUCACUUUCCACUGAUAAAAUUCAAUAUAACGAUGAUAUGAUAUGCGAUAAUUGCAAAACUACAAACACUCCACUAUGGAGAAGAGAUCCAAUAGGAAAUCCAUUAUGUAAUGCCUGUGGUUUAUUUUAUAAAUUACAUGGUGUUAUGAGACCACUUUCAUUAAAGACUGAUACUAUCAAGAAGAGACAAAGGUAUUCAAAUAAACGUCGAAGAAGUCAUGUAAUAGUGAAUGAUAAAGGAAGUAGCACUAAGACUAAUUCGACUAACAAUAAUGGAACUAAAUCUAGAGGACUUCAGUAA